AUGGCGGACAACGUACCCCCGUCUGCCGACACGCUUCUCAAUGGAGCAGUUUCCCGCUCUGCAAAGACCCCUGAGGAGAUCAUCAAAGAGUAUGACCUUCUUCCAAAAUUAAUACCCUACCUUGACCGACAUCUUGCCUUUCCGCUGCUCGAGUUUGCUUCGACUCAGGAAGAGGAAGAUGAUGCCACAGUUGAUGAGAUCACAAAGGCGAAAUAUGAGCUGCUCAAACAGACGAAUAUGACCGAUUACGUCGCCAGCCUUUGGCAGGAAAUCAACAAUUCUGAUACCAUUCCUGAGGAGUUUGUGAAGAAGCGCGAGGAGGUGGUGCUAAAAUUACAGCAGUACGUUGAUGAGAGCAGCAAAAUCACGGAGUUAUUGCAAGAUGACAACAUCGUGGGCAAUCUACGAAGCGACAAGGCUGCCAACUUAAAGUUCCUUGAGGAGCACGGUGCGACGAUAGACAUGGUGAACAUCCUCUAUGACUAUGGCCGAUUCCAAUACAGCUGUGGCAGCUACGGCAACGCCGCGGAGCUUUUGUACCAGUUCCGUGUCCUCUCUACGGACAACGAUAAGGUCGCAUCCGCGACGUGGGGAAAACUGGCAUCAGAGAUCUUGACCACCAACUGGGAGGGCGCCAUGGAGGAAGUUCAGAAAGUCAAAGAUUCUAUUGACACCCGACUAUUUAACAACCCGCUUGGCCAACUUCAGCACCGUACAUGGCUGAUCCACUGGUCUCUCUUCCCCCUCUUCAACCACGAUGCCGCGCGUGAUGUCCUUACCGACCUUUUCUUCUCUCCUGCCUACAUCAACACGAUCCAAACUUCCUGCCCAUGGAUUCUGCGCUAUCUCACCGCUGCGGUCAUCACCAACCGCCAGCGCGUCCACAAGAACUCGUCUCUUUACCAGAAACAGUUGAAAGAUCUGAUUCGCAUUGUCCGGCAGGAGGAGUAUGAAUACCAUGACCCUAUCACCGAUUUUGUCAAGGCGCUAUACAUCGAUUUUGAUUUCGAGGAAGCCCAGAAGAAGCUUGGAGAGGCAGAAGAAGUCCUGAGAAGCGAUUUCUUCUUGGUUGCCGCUGCAGAUGCGUUUGUUGAGUCGGCUAGGCAUCUUAUCUCUGAAAGCUACUGCAAGAUCCAUCAAAGAAUUGAUAUCAAGGACUUAUCUACACGCCUUGGUCUCAGCCAGGACGAAGGCGAGAAGUGGAUCGUUAAUCUGAUCCGCGAUACCAGAGUGGACGCAAAAAUUGAUUAUAAAGAAGGAACCGUUCUUAUGAACCAUCCACCCCAAUCAGUAUACCAACAAGUCAUUGAGAAAACGAAAGGAGGCUUUUUCAGAACCCAAGUAUUAAGUGCUGCCGUUGCAAAAUAG